CAGGCCACUAAUGCCCCAAAAGAAGAGGUGAAGAUGGAGCUGGAGAAUGCGUCUCUAUGGAAACAGUUCAGCUCAGUCGGCACGGAGAUGAUAAUCACAAAAAAGGGCCGACGGAUGUUCCCUGGUUUGAGGUUAAAACUCUCAGGCCUGAACCCGUCUCUACGAUACAUCCUCCUCCUGGACAUCAUCCCUGCAGACAACUCCCGCUAUCGUUUCCAAGGAGGCGGCUGGCAGGCUGUGGGCGGGGCAGAGGCGAGGCUACCAGACCGGGUUUUCAUCCACCCGGACUCCCCUGCAUCAGGUGCUCACUGGCAGGGCCGCACAAUCUCCUUUCACUAUGCCAAGCUAACCAACAACACACUGGACACACAGGGACAUAUUAUCCUACACUCUCUGCAUCGCUACCAGCCCAGAAUUCAUGUCAUUGAAGCUAGAGAUGUGCUGAGGUGGGGUGGAGGGCAACACUCCUUCAUUUUCCCUGAGACCCAGUUUAUCACAGUCACAGCCUACCAGAAUAAUAAGAUCACCGAGCUGAAAAUCAACUCUAACCCAUUUGCUAAAGGCUUUCGAGAUGAAGGCAUGAACAGCAAAAAACAAAGAGAUGCAAGACAGAAGCGCAAAAUAUCAGACGUGUCAGAAACCUUGGAUAUCGUGAACUGUGAUCCAUGCAACUCCACUGAGCUUCUGCCACAGGCCAUAACUGCCACAACCGCCUCCUCUGGCGCAGACCUGCAGGCUCUGGCUCUGGCCUCUCUGCCCCACCUACCUGAUUCUUCCUGUGGGUUCAGAUCAGAGGCCACAUAUCAGGAGGACCUAGUCCCUCAGCAGUCACUAGACCUCGGGCAGGCGUUCAUGGCAUCCCAGAUGACAGAUAUCGGUCUCUCCAUGGCUAACGGGAUACAGGACGCAGCAGGAAAUGAGAUAGCAAAUAGGAUGAUUGAAAGAUCAGACACUUUGGGUGAACCGGCAUAUACCUCUACUUUCCCAGCAGCUGAAGAUAACUCCACAUCUUUUGCCUCUACUCCUCUUCCCCCGCCAUCCUCCUCCUUCUCCUCCCUCCCAGUGUCUGACUCUUCAAACACAUCAGAUCCUCAUCCACCCAUUCCUCUGAUUGAUUAUCCCUCCAUGCUUUCCUCCUCUUCCUCCCCCAUUCUCUCCUCCUCCUCUUCCACCACUACUCCAUUAAUGCAGCAGACCUCUUUCACCUUCCCCACACCACCUCCAUCUAAUUCGUCCUCUCCACAGCCACUCCUGUCCUCCUCCUCUCCUGCCAACACCUAUCACACCAUCCCAGAGACAAUCAGCCCACACACACCAACAGACAUCACUUUUUCUGCCCCGUCAGGACUGCAAGAGCAGAUACCAAGUCAUCCAAAUAAUUCACCCAGUGAUCAAAGCUCAGCAGCAUUCAUCUAUCCAAGUAUCCUCCCUGCAAAUCCUGAAACUGCUCCACUUACUGCUCCGCCUCUCUCAAACCAAAACCACACAUAUCCUCCCACUCUGCCAUGCUCCUUUCCCUCUCAUGGCGCCCCCACAUCUUUCGCCCUGCCCUCUGUCCCUCCACACAUGCAGAAUCUUUCAUUUCAAAAUGUAACCCCCGGCUCUGCUCACCCUGCCCUGCACCUCCCAAACCAAGCUCCCUCCCUUGCUCCCACAUACCCUCCCACCUCUUUCACUCACCCAACAUCCUCCCUUCCUCACCCAUCAUUCCAACCCUCCUCCUGCUUUGCUGUUCCUUCUUCUUUCCAACAGUCUGCAGCCUCUGCUCCCUCAGGCCAUCCUCAAAACUAUCACAAUCCUCCUCCUUGCUCCUCCACUAGCUCAUAUCCUCCUCUUGAAAUAGGUGCCAUCCCUCAAUUUAAUCCUGCCCCCUACCGCCCUGAUAUGGUACUGCACCACCCGUCCCUUCUCCCUCAGCUGGAUCCAUCACAUCAUUCCAGCCUUCCCCCCUCCAACCCUCCCCAAGCCCUUUACUCUGCCUUUCCAUCAUACCCUCUUCGACUUUGUCAGGACCCUCACUCAUCCCUCUCCAUUCCAUUUAGGCAUCUGUACAGACAACACCAGCAUGGCCACACCCAUCCCCAGGGGGCAUACCUGGACAUGAGCACAAGACCUGUCUUCUAAAAUGAAUGAGGACUUUAAUGAGGAAAAAAUGUUUUAGUUUAAUAGCGCUUUUAGGAUUUUUUCAUUACUGAUGUGUAGCAUUAGUUCCAGUAGCCAAGUGUACUGCCAAUGUGUGUGUUUGUGUGUGCAUGUCUUUCCAACAAUUCAGCUGACUGGCUGACGUGAAUAACAAUCUGUUAAUAGCUGUGGAGUUUUUUUUUCAGAUGUCCAUUCCAGUGUAAAAACAAAAAAUAAACCAAAAUCAUGUUCUCUUGUCA